UUUCCUAAUAAAAACUGUUUAUGAAAAGACUUGUAUGCUCUUCUUCACUAACUGCAGUUCUUCAAGCAAUACACUUCAAAAUCCAUCAGGUGACCAAUGGCGAGCAAGAAGAGCAAGAAGAACACGAAGCACAUGCCUGCUGGUGAAAGCCUCGCCAGAGUCGUAGAUGAAACUCGUCAGCGUCUACUUGGUUUGAUUCUAAAGAUGAUGAACGAUGUGAGUGAAGCGUACGGAGAUCCCGAGCGACACCAGCAAACACGUCGCGAAUGUGCUUCAGCCAUAGAAGCAUAUGCAAAGUAUGCUGAGGCCAAGACUGGUUAUCAGUAUAAUUUUAAUUUGCAAUCUAAAUAUUCAUCUGAUGAUACCUGUGUUGACGAAUCAACGGCGGCUGCCUUAGUAGUGGAUACCUGUGUUGAAGAAUCAACGGCGGCUGCCUUAGAAGCAUGUCAAGAGUAUUCUGAGGCCAUUAGUACUGGUGAUCAGUAUAUGCGUAAUUUGCAAUCCAAAUAUUCAUCUGAGACAGUAGUGGAUACCUUUGUUGAAGAACCAACGGUGGCUGCCGAGUCCAGUGAUCCUAAAGCUUUUGCAAACUUAUAUGAAGAGUUUGUUGAUAAACUGAACGAUAUGGCUGGGUUGCUUCCUGUGAGUAAGGCAAAAGAUGUUAAUGUGAAAGUGAAAGAGAAAGAGAAGACUACUGUGAUUAAGUCUGGUUCUGAUGCAAAAGGAGAAAAGGUAGGUGCCUUCAAAAAUUUAGUUGGGCUUGAAGAACAGUUAUUGAAGAUGAGAUUUCAAAGUCUUCACCAAAACAACAGAUAUAUAUCUUCAACAUUCCAAUAUAAAUGUAAGUACUAAACUUGGCACU